UCAACAGACGUCAUCACCUUGGUGUAAUAACAUAUAUAAUGAAAAUUCUGGUGUUAAGUGCAUUCCCCAUGUAAAUGCAUACGGAAAAUGCAAUUUAUUUGAUCACGGUUAUACUCUAAAUCCAGAGCAUGUACACUUCGAUAGCCUGCCCAACGUAUUGCCUGAGGAACAAAGUAGGUUUGGAGGAUAUGACACUUAUGCUGAUCACUGUCCAUAUAUGUUUAUUUUAGACGAUGUUCAUAUGGAAUCACAGAAUUCUCACUGUGAAGAUACUAAUAAUCAGAACUACCAACGUAAGUUUCCGUUAUUCGGACUACUUACAAUGAAUACACUCAAUUAUCAUCACACUAUUUAUUACUGCGAAGCAGCGAAGUAUGCUAUUGAACGCUAUAAUUAG